AUGCCGGCUGGCCAGGAAAAGGUUGGAGGCAUACCCAAAGGAUGGCCAACCACCGUGGAAUACCUUCGCCAGAAUCGCUGGGCGAGAGGUGUACCGGCCAGCGUCAAAGCCCAUUACCUGCCCUCAGGUUGGCCCUUACAGAAGGCAGCUAAUCCCUUCGAUCCGGUGACCCCGGCCCGGUUCAUAAUGAGUGCGUCUCACCCAGCGCACGGGCAAAACGGACUGUUUGCGUCCGCAAAGCUGGAACCACGCCAACAUGUGUGUGAUUAUAUAGGGGAGCUGCACGCAGCCGACACCGCUUCGACCACGAGUGACUAUAUCCUUUCCUUUGACCGGUACACAGGCCUUAGUGUCGAUGCGGAGAAGGCAGGUGGAGUAGGACGGUUCAUAAACGAUUUCCGAGGAGUGGCGACCAGGCCGAACGUGGAAUUCGAGACUUAUCGGGAUGCCAAAACGGGCGAAGUGAGGAUGGGAGUAUGGGUGCUGGGAAAAUCCAUCAAAAAGGGUGAAGAACUCUGCAUCUCGUACGGAAAGGGAUGGUGGCUGGACCGAGGUCUCAUUUGA